AAGGCGGGGUCGUCUUGUAUGCAGACAUGACUCGUCACAGCAUCUGUCUCGCCCUCAUCUCCACCCCCAGACUAUCUUGAGAGGCUAGCUUCCAGCCAUGUCCAGAGUGUUUAAGGCCGCCUCCCUGUGUGCCCCUCACAACCAUCACGCGUCUUUCGUUGAGGCCAGCGCUGACGGUAGCGGUACCUUUCUCCAAGUUAUGGGAGGCAUAUAUCAUGGAAUGGGGUUUGAGGAGAAGACAACUGAGUGCUUGGAAGAAUCCCUCGAACUUAUUGACAAGACGCUCCUUGGCCUGGUUAUGGGUCAUAAUCACCAUGCUAUGAAGGCACUGGAACGAGAUAUCCAACGCUUCCCUGAUCGGGUACCGUUGAAUCACGACAACGGGGAAAGAAGAGGGCUCGCCAACCAGCCGUGAUGCGAGCCCCUGCAAGAGAAGACAGAGGAAACUACUUCCGAGUGGAGACUUUUGGAAACAAACCCUGCUCAGUUGAUGAUAGACAACAAGUCCCGCGCCCCCGAAGCUG